CACUAUAAUUUAGCAACAAUGGCUUCUUCUUCUUCUUUAAGCUUCAAUCUCUUCAUGGUGGCAUUGGUUUUGGCCAUCUCCAUAAGAUCAACCCUCGCUGUGUUCCGACCAAGCCCAUGGAAGCUUGCUCAUGCCACCUUUUAUGGCGACGAAACUGCCUCCCAAACUAUGGGUGGAGCUUGUGGGUAUGGAAACUUGUUUACCAAUGGGUAUGGAACUGAUACUGUGGCUUUAAGCUCGACACUGUUCAACAACGGCUACGCUUGCGGGGCUUGCUUUCAAAUCAAAUGCGUGCAGUCGAAGGCAUGCUACGCAAAUGUGCCAUUCACCACCGUGACAGCCACCAACCUGUGCCCGCCAAACUGGUCGCAGGACUCCAACGCCGGUGGGUGGUGCAACCCACCAAGAGUUCACUUCGACAUGGCUAAACCUGCCUUCAUGAAGAUCGCUUGGUGGAAGGCUGGAAUUAUCCCUGUUCAGUACCGCAGGGUUCCAUGUGUGAAGAAAGGAGGAGUUCGUUUCAGCCUACAAGGAAAUGGAUAUUGGUUAUUAGUUUAUGUGAUGAAUGUAGGUGGAGGAGGAGAUGUAUAUUCAAUGGCAGUGAAAGGAAGCAAAACAGGAUGGAUAACAAUGAGCCAUAACUGGGGAGCUUCAUAUCAAGCUUUUGCUUCAUUGGGUGGCCAAUCACUUUCAUUCAGAAUCACUUCUUACACAACUAGAGAAACACUUACUCUAUGGAAUGUUCUUCCUUCAAAUUGGCGAGUUGGGUUGACUUACAAUUCCAAUUUCAACUUCCAUUGACUUUUAUACUUCAAAUUUCUUGGAAUUUGAAGAGGAUCCUCCAUCAUUUUCUUCUAGACCCAUCUUUGGUUUUUCUUUUGUUCUUUUUUGUUUGAAAAUGAGCUAUUGAAUAUUGUUUGUUUUUAUGAAGUAUAUUAUCAGGAUUUGGUUAUAUGAAAAGGGUGAAAGAGGCCUAAAGUUGGUGUUUUGCUAUACUAAUUAAUAUUAAUUUUUAAUCUCU